CUCCUCUCACCUCAAAACCCUAACGUCUGUCCCCAAUCCAUCUCCCACCGCCGUUGCGCACCAAACCUCCAUCCGUCCCUAGCCGAGCCGCCGCCGCCGCGCCAUGAGGCCUCUCGACGAGAAGGAGACGACGCAAGUAUUCGAGAAGCUGUUCAAGUUCACGGGGCCCAACCUGAAGCACCUCCUGGAGCGGCCAGCGGUGGAGGGCCCCGACGCGGAGCCCGGCCGCUACUGCCUCCGCCUCCACCGCAACCGCGUCUACUACGCCGCCGAGGCGCUCGUCCGUCGCGCCACCGCCGUGUCCCGCCCGCGCCUCGCCGGCGUGGGCACGCCCAUCGGCAAGUUCACCCACCACGGCGCGUUCCACCUCACGGUCCACGCGCUCGAUCUCCUCGCCGCGCACGCGCGCCGCCGCGUCUGGCUCAAGCCCGACACCGAGCGCUCCUUCCUCUUCGGAAACUCCGUGCCCAAGUCCUCCCUCGCGCGCAUCACCGAGAACACCAAGGCCGGGGACGGGGUGGUCGUCAUGUCCAUGGCCGACGUCCCGCUCGGGUUCGGCAUCGCGGCGAGGUCGGCGCAGGACUGCAGGAAGGCCGACACCAACGCCGUCGUCGUGCUGCACCAGGCGGACGCCGGGGAGUACCUCCGCAAGGAGGAGGAGCUCAUGUGAGGUGAGCGCAGAGGCUUGGCUGAUUAGGUCAUAUUCGUGAGUGAAUUGUGGAAGAUUGUGCCUUGCUGUUGUGUUCCAAGGCUUGAGGCAUAUAUAGGUACUGAAUGAUUAAUUGCUGGUUAUAUGAGAUGUGAUGGUUGCUGUCGCCACAUUUCAUCUUUGUUGGUGCUGAUACAUGCUGUCUUAUGAGUAGAUCCAAUGGGGGUUUUGGAUCAGUUUACUUGCUGAUUA